AUGGAUUUGGAUCAGACCAUCUCAACGGGCUGUCAGCCCCCCUGCUGUUAUGUAAACUGAAUUCUAUCAGCCACACUGACGCACAGAGCUCGCCCAGGCCUCAUGUCACGAGGUAAGCUCAUCUCAUCACUCAUUCUUUAUUAAUACAGGACGACACUUAUUCUCAAUCCUAAACUCACACAUUCAUUUCACGCACACCACCCAGAAGUACACAUGCUGUUUGCCAGGGACCGUCAAAGGUAGCCAGGCAGUCAGGCUGUGUGCCACCAGCUGGAUUCUCAUUCAUCCACUCUGUCUAUGGAGGCCUGUUUUCCACCUUGCUGCUAACAGAGUCUUUAUCUGACUAUUCUGAGGAGUACACCACAGCUUUGUCAAUCCCCUUUUGUGAAGAUGUUUCCUUGGUCCGCAGUUUUCUCCCUUGAGCCCAAAGUGCCCGGUCAACGCUCCACUGAGGAGCUGGUAACCAAUACCCUGAUGCUGGAGCUCGGGGCCAUGGUGAAGCGCACUGAGCGCAUACGUUUGGAGAGGGCGACGGAGGGACGGCGCCGCCGCCGGAGCUCCUCCUCCGCAGCCGACUACAGCUGGCUGGCCACCACACCCACGGCACAGCCCUACCAGCUCACUCCCAAUGACCUUCUGGAGCUGCAGGACCUCUGUGCCAAGAUCCCUCCUGCCCAAUGCGGGCCGGUGAUCGUCAGGUUCAGGAGGGUGGUGUCACAGAUGGAACCCGAGGUUCACGAGGUCCCUCGGUUGUUCCGCACCAUCCUGCGCGACUGCGUGGACGAGGUGAACGGAAACGAUGACAUUGGGACGCCGAACCCCGUUCUGGAGAAGCAGCAACGCAGCAAGAGCCUCUCCUUUGUUACUUUCCGCACAAAAUUCCGCUCGGGUCAAAUGUUCAAGGGCACCGGCAUGAGAGGCUCCAGAGGGAAUCUGCAGCAGGAAGUGGAUUGGUCGGACGAGGAGGAUGAUGGAGAAGGGGAAGAGGAAGCCAUAAAGGCCAGGGCCAGGAAGGGCAGGAGCAGGAGCAUGCCAGAAAUCACCCCGUACGAGCAGAGCGCCCAGGCAUGAGACAAGAGGAGUCAGGGGAGAGGUGAAGCACG